AUGACAUUGAAAUCUUCAAAGAAACGUAAGGGGAGGUCUCGCCAUUCCAGGAACAAGCAAAUAACCUCAGCAAUAUUGACCGAGGAAGGAAUAAUGAUCAAGCCGAAAACAUCAAGCCCCUACAAUUAUGCAAAUAGAAUGGCAGAUAAGCGAAGCAGCACUAGCAUAGAUAAUAAUAGCAGAACAAGCUUCCAGAGCAACAGUGAUAAAAAUAGUAUUUUCGAAACGGCUUCCCUUAUUAGCUGCGUUACUUGCUUAAGCGAUACCGAUACGAUAGAUCGAUCGGAAACAUCUACAAUGGAUACGAGUAGAGAUGACCUUUCAGGUGACCCAGAAGUUCAUUAUCCAUCAGUGAACGGUCAACUGCCAGCAAACACUGUUAUACCCUAUGGACGAAUCCUGGAUGCUAGAUACAUUGACAACGAAUCUUUGCACUAUCAUGAUGCAGUGUCCUCGUCCACUUCUCCAUUGAAGAGCCCAUUUAAUAACAGUGGACAGGAAAACGUUGGUGACAUAGAUACCUUCCAAUGGCAAGAAAGGAAAAGUAAUUCUUUAUCACGCAAGAGCAACAGUAGCAGUAGCAUUAUUUCUUCUAGACCUUCUUCUAUAAAAUUGGUCGAGAUUAUAUUCGCAAGACCAAGACGGCACGACGUUGUACCCAAAAGGGUUUCACUUCUAAUAGACUAUAAGCCACAUCCAUCUCCCCACAUGAAAGAAGACGAAGACUUGAUUGAGGAAAUACUAAAGAGAAGUUACAAAAAUACCAAGAGAAACAAAUCCAUAUUCGUGAUCGUCAACCCGUUUGGCGGUAAGGGCAAGGCUAAAAAGCUGUUUAUGACAAAGGCAAAGCCACUGUUAUUGGCCAGUCGUUGCUCUAUAGAAGUUGUCUAUACUAAAUAUCCCGGUCAUGCUGUAGAAAUUGCACGAGAAAUGAAUAUCGACAAAUAUGAUACUAUUGUCUGCGCAUCCGGUGAUGGCAUCCCCCACGAAGUGAUGAAUGGGUUAUACCAAAGGCCAGAUCAUGUCAAAGCGUUCAAUAAGCUUGCAAUUACCCAAAUUCCAUGCGGAUCAGGCAAUGCAAUGAGCGUGUCGUGCCAUUGGACAAACAAUCCCUCAUAUUCAACAUUAUGCUUGAUAAAAUCAGUGGAGACCAGAAUUGAUUUAAUGUGUUGCUCACAACCAUCUUAUGCUAGAGAGCAUCCAAAAAUAUCAUUUUUGAGUCAAACAUACGGUCUCAUUGCAGAAACUGACAUAAAUACAGAGUUCAUUAGAUGGAUGGGGCCUGCAAGAUUCGAGCUGGGUGUGGCGUUCAACAUCAUACAGAAGAAGAGGUAUCCAUGUGAAAUUUAUGUGAAAUAUGCUGCCAAAUCGAAAAACGAAUUGAAAACUCAUUACUUAGAAUACAAGAGUAAAGGUUCAUUAGAGUAUCAACAUAUCGCCAUGAAAAAACAUAAAGAGGACCGCAAUAAUUACAAUUACGACAAUGAAUACGACACUGAGACCGAAGAUGAAGAUGAAAACGAAGACGAAGGAGAAGAAGAAGAAGAUUGUCCUAAUUUUUACGGCUCUGUGAAUCCCAGUACCGACCAAAUUACGGAAGAGGAUUUCAAAAUAAAAUAUCCUUUGGAUGAGGGUGUGCCUAGUGAUUGGGAGAGAUUGGACCCCAAUAUAUCCAGCAAUUUGGGAAUAUUUUAUACGGGUAAAAUGCCAUAUGUAGCAGCUGAUACUAAAUUCUUUCCAGCAGCACUGCCUUCAGAUGGCACUAUUGAUAUGGUUAUCACAGAUGCAAGAACAUCAUUGACUAGAAUGGCCCCAAUAUUAUUAGGACUAGACAAAGGUUCCCAUGUUUUACAACCGGAAGUUUUACACUCUAAAAUCCUCGCAUAUAAAAUAGUCCCCAUGCUGGCAAACGGUUUGUUCUCUGUUGAUGGUGAAAAAUUUCCUUUAGAACCUUUACAAGUGGAAGUCAUGCCGCGUUUAUGCAAGACACUACUAAGAAACGGGCGUUAUGUGGACACCGAUUUCGAUUCUAUGUGA